UCUAUCUCCUCUCCUUUUCUCUCUCCCUCAAGCACUCGGCUCUCAUUUCUUCUUUUCAUGUUCUCUCAUCAAACGCAGGUUCACUCGUCACCGGAAGAUUCACGCCGUCUCUCAUCUCGCGCCGGAAAAUCACCACGCCGUCGCCGUCUCUGUGGCCGUAGAGUCCCACGCCUUCGCCGUCGAGAUUCUUCGGACCUUUUCCCCCCCCCACAACACCCCUCUUAUUUUAUUCAGGUCUCUUUGGAUGCCUCAUGGAUGUAAAUUAUAUAAUUGUGUAUUUGUGUUAGCAAAGGAAUUGGAAAAGUCAUCUUUCUUCCCAUAGUUGCUUUCGCAGAUUGCUCAUACGAAUGGUGCCUCCAGAAUAGAAAGAAAAAACCGAUGGAGAAUCAUAUGAAACAGAUGAAACAGUGAUUAUUAUGUCUGGGUUGAUUGAAGGUCUUCCUGACGCUGUUGCUCUUAGGUGCCUUGCACUGGUCCCUUUCUGCCUUCAUCCUAAGUUGGAGCUCGUUUCUCGUUCCUGGCAAGCUGCUAUUCGUAGCCCUGAGCUAUUUAAAGCUCGACAGGAGGUAGGUGCAACAGAGGAUCUGUUAUGUGUGUGCGCUUAUGACCCCGACAAUUUAUGGCAGCUUUAUGACCCUCUCCAUGACCUUUGGAUUACACUUCCAGUUCUACCCUCCAAAAUUAGGCACCUUGCUCACUUUGGUGCUGUCACCGCUGCUGGAAAGCUGUUUGUGCUUGGUGGUGGCAGUGAUGCUGUUGACCCAUUAACCGGUGACCAAGAUGGGAGCUUUGCUACCAACGAGGUAUGGUCAUACGAUCCUGUAACUCGGCAGUGGUCCUCUCGUGCACCUAUGCUUGUACCUCGUUCUAUGUUUGCAUGCUGUGUUUUGGAUGGAAAAAUAGUUGUUGCGGGCGGUUUCACCAGCUGCCGAAAAUCGAUUUCUCAAGCGGAAAUGUAUGAUCUAGAGAAGGAUGUGUGGAUUCCAAUACCUGAUCUCCACCGCACCCACAAUUCAGCAUGUUCAGGGGUUGUGAUUGGAGGAAAGGUGCACGUCUUGCACAAGGGGUUGUCGACGGCGCAAGUCUUGGAUAAUGCGGGGCUUGGGUGGACGGUUGAGGAUUCUAGCUGGCCCCAGGGUCCAAUGGCAAUUGUUAAGGGUGCACUAUACGUGAUGAGUCAUGGAAUCAUUUUUAAACAGGAUGGGAAUGCAAGGAAGGUGGUGGUUUCAGCGUCUGAAUUUCGUAGGAGGAUCGGGUUCGCAAUGACUGGGCUAGGAGACGAGAUUUAUGUUAUUGGUGGAGUUCUUGGUCCUGAUCAGUGGAACUGGGACAUUGAACAAAUGUAUGAUGUUGAUGUUCUGACAGUGGGGAGUGAAAGACCAACUUGGCGCCAGGCAGCUCGUAUGACAAGAUGCCAUGGAACUAUUUUUGGGUGUACACAGCUAAGAAUUUAGUUCUCCAUUUGUUGUGUUUUUUGCUGUGAAAUUGUACUUUGAUCCCUCUUUUUGAAAACAAUGAAUGAGCUAUUUGCUGGCUACCUUGUUUUAUUUGUAAAGCCAUAAUCCUUGGCCUUGUUUUCUUCUGCUGCUUUGUACUUCUGAAGGUCUAGCACCAGUGGAAUAGACAAAAUAUUAGUUUUA